AUGGCCUCUAAGGCCCUCAUUCCCUUCCUGGUGGGAAUGAUGCUACUCACUGGAGUAUGCAACACCCUAUUUACAAAAUACCAGGACAACCAAUGCGUCCGGAACUGCGAUGACCCCGACCCCAAGAACCGGGAAGAGUUCCGGCAACCGGUCCUCCAGACUGCGCAGAUGUUCGUCGGUGAAGUCGGCUGCUGGCUCGUCGUCGGUAUCAUGGCCGUCUACGAGAAGUACGCCCACCGCAAGACCAACGGCUACGAAGCACUCGACACUACCGACGCCGACGAGGCCGCAGCUGACGAACAACCCCUCGUCGCCCCUAAGCCCUCCAAGAAGAAGAAGCGCUACACUGGUCCUGAUGGUCUACUCAAGGGCUUCGGUAUCAUCCUCCUUGCCCUACCCGCCAUCUGCGAUAUCCUCGGCACCACGCUCGUAAACGCGGGUUUGUACAUGGUAGCAGCCUCAAUCUACCAAAUGACGCGCGGCGCACUCGUUCUCUUCGUCGGCCUAUUCAGCGUCGUGUUCCUACACCGUAAACUACACCUCUUCCAAUGGGUCUCCCUUAUCGGUGUCGUAGUCGGCGUCGCGCUAGUCGGACUCGCGGGUGUCAUUUCCCCAGACGCAAAAGCUGAGGUCACGGAUGCGCUUCGCCAAGCUGCGGAAGACGCUGCUACUGCGGAAGCGCUGCGAGCUGCGUUGGGUGUUAUCCUGAUUGCUGGCGCGCAGAUCUUUACCGCUACGCAGUUUGUCCUCGAGGAGUUCUUGUUGGAGCGAUCGAGUAUCGAGGCUAUUGAAGUUGUCGGCUGGGAGGGCCUGUUUGGCCUUGCUGUUACCUUGAUUGGCAUGUUGGUGUUGCACCUCGUUAUUGGAAGGACAGAUGCUGGCCGCUAUGGCAUGUUUGAUGCUGUUGAGGGCUUCCGCCAGAUGACGGAGUACAGGGCUAUCUGGGUUUCUAGUAUUCUUACUAUGAUCUCCAUUGGUGGCUUCAAUUUCUUCGGUCUUUCCGUCACUCGUAGCGUCAGUGCUACCGCUCGUUCUACCAUUGACAGUUGCCGAACUUUAUUCAUCUGGAUCGUCUCGCUCGGCCUUGGCUGGGAGACGUUUAAGUGGCUUCAGGUUGUGGGUUUCGUCCUACUGGUCUACUUUACCUUCCUAUUCAACGGCGUCGUUCAACCGCCUAUCAAGGCUCUAAGACCUAGAGAAGAGGUCGAUGAAUUGCUUCCCGAGGAACCGAUCGAGCAUAACUAG